AUGGGCUGCCGGGAUGUUCAUGCAGCAACAGUACUGGCCUUCCUCAGUGGAACAGCCUCAGUAGCUGGACUCCUUGCAGCAGUUCUGCUUCCAAACUGGAGGCAAAUGAGACUGUACACAUUCAACAAGAAUGAGAGGAAUGUGACUGUUUAUACUGGACUCUGGAUUAAGUGUGCUCGCUUUGAUGGGAGCAGAGACUGUGUGAUCUAUGACCCGCAGUGGUACACUGCUGUCGAUCAACUGGAUUUGCGUGUUCUUCAGUUUGCCCUUCCACUGAGUAUGUUAACUGCUGUCUCAGCUCUGUUUCUCUGCUUGAUUGGCAUGUGUAACACAGCCUUUGUAUCAAGUGUGCCAAACAUCAAAUUGGCCAAAUGCCUUGUAAACAGUGCGGGCUGCCAUCUCGUUGCUGGCCUCUUGUUCCUGCUUGCAUGUGCCAUUUGUCUCACUCCGUCAAUCUGGGUCAUUUUUUAUAACAAUUAUCUGAACAGAAAAUAUGAGCCUGUCUUUAGCUUUGACAUAUCUGUAUUUAUUGCCAUUGCCAGUGCUGGCGGUCUGUUCUUCACUUCCGUUCUGCUGUUUCUGUGGUACUGCGCAUGUAAAAGCCUACCUUCUCCUUUCUGGCAGCCCCUCUAUUCUCAUGCCCCUAGCAUGCACAGCUAUGCCUCUCAGCCGUAUUCUGCACGCUCUCGCCUCUCUGCCAUGGAAAUUGACAUUCCUGUUGUGACACAUGCAUCUUAA